GGACAAAGACAGUAAACGGGGGCCAAAACAGUGGAAAAUCGAAAAACAAAACCAUCAAGAUGUCGGAGUCAGAAUCAGACAGCAACGACGAGGCUAUGGACCAAAGUGACUCAUUCAUGCCCCCAGGGAAGGCACCAGUAGUGAUUCUGAAGUCACCCCCAAAACCCCAAGGGGAAGAAGAGGAAUUUGAUGCAAAGAUUGAAGCAGACCGGGGAAACAGAUUUGAGUUUUUGCUCAAACAGACAGAAUUGUUUUCACAUUUCAUGCAAACUGGAGCAGGUCCACAAGGUGGUAAAACACCAACAAGUCCCUUGAAAAUGAAACCAGGUCGUCCAAAGACAAAAAAAGAUGAAAAACAGAAACUUGCAACAUCUGGAGAUCAUAGACAUCGAAGAACUGAACAGGAGGAAGAUGAGGAGCUGCUCACAGAAAGCAAAAAAGUUCAGAACAGUGUAUACCGCUUUGAUUCCUCUCCAUCAUACGUCAAAUCAGGAGAAAUGAGGGACUACCAAGUACGUGGAUUGAACUGGAUGAUUUCUCUGUAUGAAAAUGGUAUCAAUGGUAUUCUAGCUGAUGAAAUGGGACUUGGUAAGACAUUACAAACAAUAUCAUUGCUGGGCUACAUGAAACACUAUCGGCAUCUACCAUCUCCUCAUCUUGUCAUCUGUCCCAAAUCUACCCUUGCCAACUGGGUGUGUGAAUUCAAAAGGUGGUGCCCAAGUCUUCGAGCAGUCUGCCUUAUAGGAAGUGCUGAACAGAGGGCUACCUUUAUCCGUGACACCCUGAUGCCAGGUGAGUGGGAUGUCUGUAUCACCUCAUAUGAAAUGGUCAUCAGGGAGAAAUCUGUCUUCAAGAAGUUCAACUGGCGAUAUCUUGUUAUUGAUGAAGCUCACAGAAUCAAGAAUGAGAAAUCAAAGCUAUCAGAAAUUGUCAGAGAGUUCAAGUCUGCAAAUCGACUAUUGUUGACGGGAACACCAUUACAAAACAACCUUCAUGAACUGUGGUCUCUACUCAACUUUCUUCUACCUGAUGUGUUCAAUUCCUCAGAUGAUUUUGAUUCCUGGUUUAAUACAAACAGUUGUCUUGGUGACAAAGAGCUUGUGGAAAGACUGCACAUUGUCCUAAGACCCUUUUUAUUGAGACGUAUAAAGUCAGAAGUGGAAAAAAAAUUGUUGCCGAAAAAGGAAGUGAAGAUCUUUGUAGGGCUCAGUAAAAUGCAGAGAGAAUGGUAUACGAAGAUCCUGAUGAAGGAUAUUGAUGUUGUUAAUGGUGCUGGUAAAAGUGACAAGAUGAGAUUGCUAAAUAUUCUCAUGCAGUUGCGGAAAUGUGCAAACCAUCCAUAUCUAUUUGACGGAGCAGAGCCUGGUCCGCCAUACACCACAGAUCAACACUUGGUGGAUAACUGUGGUAAAAUGGUGAUCCUGGAUAAACUCUUGCCCAAACUGAAAGCCCAAGGCUCAAGAGUACUGAUCUUCAGUCAAAUGACCAGAGUACUUGACAUCCUCGAGGAUUAUUGUUUCUGGAAAAACUACAACUAUUGUCGAUUGGAUGGAAGCACACCCCAUGAAGACAGAACAGUGUCAAUCAAUGAUUUCAACAUGCCAGGCAGUACCAAAUUCGUGUUCAUGUUGAGUACAAGAGCUGGUGGACUGGGAAUCAACUUGGCUACUGCAGACUGUGUCAUCCUGUACGACUCUGACUGGAACCCACAAGUUGACCUUCAGGCUAUGGACCGUGCCCAUCGUAUCGGACAGCAGAAGCAGGUGAGAGUGUUCCGUUUCAUUACUGAGAACACUGUGGAGGAAAGAAUUGUGGAAAGAGCAGAAAUGAAACUCAAACUGGAUAACAUUGUUAUACAACAAGGACGCUUAGUCGACCAGAACACCAACCGAUUAGGGAAGGAGGAUGUAUUAAAUAUGAUCCGACAUGGUGCCAGUCAUGUAUUUGCCUCAAAAGAAUCAGAAAUCACUGAUGAGGAUAUUGAUUUAAUCUUGGAGAGAGGGGAGAAAAAGACAGAGGAAAUGAAGGAAAAAUUGGCAGGAUUAGGGGAGAGUUCCUUGGCCACAUUUACCUUAGACACACCAAGUGAUAGUGUGUACCAGUUUGAGGGUCAAGAUUACAGAGAAAAACACAAGGGAGGUAUGGGUCUGUGGAUUGAGCCACCGAAGAGAGAAAGGAAGGCCAACUAUGCCGUUGAUGCCUAUUUCAGAGAGGCAUUACGAGUCAGUGAACCAAAGGCACCUAAGGCGCCUAGACCACCCAAACAGCCCAAUGUCCAGGACUUCCAAUUCUUUCCUCCAAGGUUGUUUGAACUCCUAGACAAGGAGAUCUAUUUUUAUCGGAAGUCCAUUGGCUACCGUGUACCAAGGAACCCUGACCUAGGGUCUGACGCUGAACGCAUCAGGAAAGAAGAACAACAAAGGAUUGAUGAGGCCGAGGUCUUAAAUGAGGAUGAAUUGAAAGAGAAGGAGGAGCUUCUAAAUGAGGGUUUCACCAAUUGGAGUAAAAGAGACUUCAACCAAUUUAUCAAAGCCAAUGAGAAGUAUGGUCGAGAUGACUUGGAUAGCAUUGCCAGGGAUGUUGAGGGAAAGACUCCUGAUGAGGUGAUGGAAUACUCUGGUGUGUUCUGGGAGAGAUGUAAUGAGCUACAGGACAUCGACAAAAUCAUGUCCCAAGUGGAACGUGGAGAAGCCAAGAUACAGCGUAGGAUCAGUAUCAAGAAGGCACUGGAUGCAAAGAUGGCAAGGUACCGAGCACCAUUCCAUCAGCUGAGGAUCCAGUAUGGUACAAACAAGGGUAAGAACUACACUGAAGAAGAGGACCGCUUCCUCAUCUGUAUGCUUCACAAACUCGGCUUUGACAAGGAGAAUGUUUAUGAUGAACUCCGCACAGCUGUCAGGCAGGCCCCACAGUUCAGGUUCGACUGGUUCAUCAAGUCACGAACAGCAAUGGAGCUUCAGAGACGUUGUAAUACUCUGAUAACAUUGAUAGAGAGAGAGAAUAUGGAGAUGGAAGAAAAAGAGAAAGCUGAGAGGAAGAGAAAGGGACCAAAAUCAGGAGCAAAGGGAGGACAGAAGAGGAAAGCUGAUGGCACACCAGACAACCGAGGACGACCAAAGAAAAAGAAGUGAACCUAAAAGCUUGUUGUGUAGAUUUGCAGAUAAUGCAUACAAGAUAAUACUGGUGUCAAUUCCUUUCUGUAAAGGGCUGAUCCAUACUGAUACACACAAAUGACAGUUAAUUUUUCACCAAUCAAGGGCUUAUGUCAUAAUGUCAGAACACAGUUGAGUGUGAGUAAUGAAAUUUGAUAUACAGACAGUGUGCUUGAAGUGAAUUGUGCUUGGGUGAUUUAACAUACUGACAGUAAAAGGUGUAUCAGAAGCUUUUUCUCCAAGAUUGAGAAAAAGACACAUUAAUAUCAGGGUAGAAACUGGAGGUAUCUGAAUUGGUUUCGACCUUAGCACUCAGAAUUACGCUUUCAGGAAACACUGAUAAUGAUGGACAAGGACCACAUAAAGACAUGAUAACAAUAAUGUAGCCGAGUCUGGUUCAGCAGAUUUUUACAUACAUCACUGUUACUAGUUGUAGUAGGACACUUGUGCUGUAGUGUUCUGUGUACUUUGUGUCAUUCUUUUAACAUUGAAAAUUCUUUUUCAUUUCAUUUUUUUAAUUUUACCAUGUCAAAUGAUGGACUUCAAAAUCUUGGUUCUCAUUGUAUAUUUUGGCUCAUUUCCAAAUGUAUCAAUUAUGAUGAGGUAAAACAAUUUUUUAACAAAAACUGGAAACAAUUAGCAUGAGGUCCUUUUUGAAUGUUGAAUUGUCUCCCUGUCAUCAUAGCACUUUGAUUGUGUAAUGUCCUGUACCUUUCCCAACUAUCAUUAUUUAUUCAUUUGUGAUAACAGAUUAUGUAUAUAUAGUGUUAGUAGCAAUUAAAUUAGAAUUCAUACCUGGUAAUUUUAAGAUUUUGGAGAAUCUAAUUUGGCAAUAUUCAUAAGCAUUUGAUAGUGUUGGAGUCCCAAAAUAAGUAAACUUUUGUAAGCAAAUCAUUGUUUAUGUGAAAGUUUAGCUAGAGUCAUUUUACAGGUCACUGAAAAAUUUUCCUGACUUAGAUGUGAUAAAACUGUGCAUUACGUCGACAUAAAUAUCAAUGUUGUCAAUAAAUUCAUCUGAAGACAA